AUGAGCGACACACUCAGCGAGAAGGUGUCCUCCGAUGCUAGCAGCGAUGCUACCACCCUUUCGCAGCGAUUCCAAGAUCAGCUCGAGUCUAUCUUGAGGAAGCUGAAAAAAGAUACAAGCAGCAUCACGGCAGAGGAAGCUCGCACUCUAUCUGAGAACGUCGCUACACGUGACGACAGAGCGGUCCGCAUUAUCUCUGCCGUCGAAUCCCUAGCUAUUGCUAACAAGGACCUGCAUGCCGCUGUAGAUGGCAGCGCUGAGGAAGCAACCACUGAGGUCUUUCGCGUUGCUCAGAGCAUCGUUAGCAACUUGCAAAAGGCUAUAGGCCAUACUAACGCCCUACGCCCCGAAGUCGAAGCUGAACUCCAGGAGGAAAUCACUAAGAUCGAACCCAAGAUUGCGCAAGGCACCGUCAUCAAGGCUGAGGCCGACCAUCUCUAUUCUCUCGAGACUCGCGCACAUGGUCAUACCAAGAAGGGUGGCAUCGCCGCUGCAGCUCAGUCUAUCACAGCUAGGCGUGAGCGUCAACUGUCACUAAGCAGCGGUUCUGGAUCCAAUUUGAGUCCCAUCAGAGGACGAUCUCGUGCCAACAGCAGGAAUUUUACAUCGCCCCAGCAAAAGUCUCGUCAAGAGAGGUUGAAUAAGUUUCACCAUGCAGAGAUGGCUGUCAGGCCCAAGAUCGAGGCAGGCACAACCACCAAGCCAGAGACCAACCAUUUACACUCUCUCGAAGUUCGUACUAAUGGCGGCACUGAGAAAAGUGGCGCUUCAGUAAGGCGUGUAUCGAACGCCAGCAGCGAAAGUCCUCGCGCUAACAGCAAGAGCGCCCAUUCUUGCAGUCAACAGUAUCUCCUUUACGAGCAGGAGUACCUACGCAACGUUGAGACCGCUAUUAAACUUCAGACAGAGAACGACACUGCUCCCCAAUUCGAUGCCAACACACUCCGCGAGAUGCGCGCCCAUGAUCACACCGAGAACGACGGACUCAGCGCCACUGCGCAACCCUUUAUGUGCCAUAGGCGACAAGAGCCACUCAGUGACGUGUCCAUUUCUUCCACGACGGAGCACCACAGGCAGCAGUCUCAACACGACAAGGAUCUCAACAAGGUUGAUGAAGAGUUGGAGGAGGACGAGAACGAAACCCAAGUGAAGACUCUCGUGCAAGACGGUUAUGGCCAGGUCGACGAGAACGGGAGGUUUCAGCUAGGCAACGGCGAAAAUUCUCGAUGCUGCAGCGACACCAAGCGAGUGACUUGGUAG